GUUGAGAUUUCUAGCAUAAAGCGCAUUGGAGUAACGAUCAUCCAAGGCUGUUUAACAAGUCAUACUGAAUUGCAGUUUUUACGGUGUGUGUCCGUCCACUCCUUCAUGUGCAUGGUAGUUCAGCACCCGGGGAAAAUGCACCUGAUUUUGCCUAGAUAUGAUAUUUUUUAACGUGUGUUCCAACACCAAGGAGGAAAUAUUUCUAAAGUAAAUAUAUAGUAAGUAAUAAAUGUGCAUCUGGAAGUAAAAUAUUCACAACGUUUUAAUUCCUAUUUAUACUGUGCAUCUCAAACCGAGGAGGAGACACUGAGACGACGAAAGUACCUCCAAGACCCUGAGAACGCCCCCACGUCACUAUGAAUGAAACCGUGUCCGACACAAUAACUGGAUUAUAAUUUUUGGUGUUAGUAGUUUUAUUGUCAUUGGCUGCUUUACUUUUUUUGGGUUCAUCCUGCUACUCUUCUUCCUCUCUCCCUUCCUCUUGCUGCUUCCUCCUGGAAACUAUGGCUCAUCCGGGGAGAAGAGGCUACGAUAACCGGGAGAUAGUGCUGAAGUACAUCCAUUAUAAACUCUCGCAGAGGGGAUACGACUGGGCGGCCAGCGGCGACCAGGCGCCAGCGUCACCGGGGCUCUCUCCUCCUGCUGCUGCUGCUGCUCUUGCUGCUCCUGGGACUUCCUCUGAUCACACUGGGCUGGUGUCUCCACACCCCGAGCCCCCCGGCUCGGCUGCUGCUAGGAACGGGGGCACGGGCGGCCGCUUCGUGGCGGUGGUGGAGGAUCUCUUCCGAGACGGCGUCAACUGGGGGAGGAUCGUGGCCUUCUUCGAGUUCGGUGGCGUCAUGUGCGUGGAGAGCGUCAACCGGGAGAUGUCGCCGCUGGUGGACAGCAUCGCCGCCUGGAUGACCGAGUACCUGAACCGGCACCUGCAUAAUUGGAUCCAGGACAACGGCGGCUGGGAUGCCUUCGUGGAGUUGUAUGGCAACAGUAUGCGGCCUUUGUUCGAUUUCUCCUGGAUAUCUCUGAAGACCAUCCUGAGCCUGGUUCUGGUGGGAGCUUGCAUCACUCUUGGCGCUUAUUUCGGACAUAAGUAGUGGCACCCAGUUUAUCAUGGAUUACAAAAGUCUUUCAAAACAACAAAAUAAUAUUUUUUUUUCUGUAGCACAAUGAUAUUUUAUGAGCAGAACAACUUCCUGGCUAGAGAUUAAAUCAGCUAUUACUGCCAAAGGAAAUAUCAUUUAUUUUUACAUCGCAGGAAAAUUAUUUAUUAAAAGAUAUUUAGUUUAA